AAGCAACAGUAUCAAAACACCUUUCUUGCCGGUUGUAUGAAAAUAAAUAUCAGCGAAUAAAAUUUGUGCUUCAACAUGUCCGCAUCGGGUUCGCAAACGCAAGACAUUAAUCCCGAUGAUACGAUCAAAAUUUUGGUGGCCAGUGAUAUCCACUUGGGGUUCAAUGAGAAAGAUCCUAUCCGAGGCGACGACAGCUUUAUUGCUUUUGAAGAAGUGCUGCAGCAUGCGCUAGAAAACGAUGUGGACGCAAUAUUGCUCGGUGGCGAUUUAUUCCAUGUGGCCAACCCUUCCACGAACACGCUGGAUCGUUGCUUUCGGUUGCUGAAAACGUACACAUUCGGUGACAAACCGAUCAAGUUGGAAUUUUUAAGCGAUCAGAACGAAAACUUCCUUGACUCGUUGAGCCACACAGUGAACUAUGAGGAUCCAAACAUUAACAUCGCCAUACCGGUGUUUUCAAUCCACGGUAACCAUGACGAUUCGGGCGGUGCUGGGCGCGUUAGCUCAAUGAAUCUGCUGAGCACGAUGGGAUACGUGAACUACUUUGGUAAAUGGACCGAUCUGAACAAGGUUGAUAUUCGGCCAAUAUUGGUACGCAAGGGUGAAACGAAACUCGCACUGUACGGGCUCAGUUACAUGAAUGAUGGGCGGCUCUUUCGCCUGCUGGACGAUGUGAAGUUGCAUAUGGAGAAACCGGAUGAGCCCGGAUUUUUCAACGUGCUGGUACUGCAUCAGAAUCGAGUAGAGCGUGGACCAAAAAACUAUCUGCCGGAGAGCUCGUUGCCAGAGUUUCUUGAUUUGAUUAUAUGGGGUCAUGAACACGAUUGCCGUAUCGAGCCGGAGGAAAACUCGUCGAAGAAGUUUUACGUUAGUCAACCGGGCUCAACGGUGGCAACGUCCCUGUCGGAGGGUGAAGCAAUACCGAAAUGUUGCGGACUGCUCAGCAUUCACAAGGGAUUGUUCCGGAUGGAUCCGAUACCGCUUAAAUCGGUACGACCGUUCGUGUUCGAAUCGGUCAAUUUAGCCACUGUGCACGAAGAGCUCGCACUGGGCGAAGGUGACGUACAUGUAAAGGUGCAUGACUUUGCCGUUGAACGUAUUGAAGCUAUGAUCGAGAAAGCCAAAACGAUGCGCACCGGUUACCCACGGCAACCGAAGCUGCCGCUAAUACGUCUCCGACUGGGACUAACGGAAAUCGAGCAACAGUUCAAUGCAAUUCGGCUCGGGUUUCGCUAUCACGGUCGGGUGGCCAAUCCGCUGGAUAUGGUAAUAUUCAAGAAGAAGCCCAAAAGUAAGGUAAAGGAUGAACUGGACAAUGCGCUUGACUCGGCCGCACUGCAGGAAGCGUACCGGAACAGAGAAAAGCGUGACCAGCGGGCGGAAGAUAUCGUCAUUCGCUAUUUUCGCGAUGCGGGAGCAGAGAGCCAGCUAGAUGUGCUUAACCCGCAAAUCAUGGGCGAACUGUGCCGCCGGAUGAUCAAUUACGAGGAUGACGAUGCGGCAGAUAAGAUUGUAACAUUCUGCAAAGAUAAAGCGUACAGCCAUAUGACCUCACAGGACUGCUUUAGCCUGGAUAGCAUUUCUGAGGCUUUGGCAACGUUUCCAACGGCUCAUCCGAAUCUGCACGAAGAGGUGCUUAGCAUGCUGGAUGCACGAUCGAACCGACAGGAUCCUGCCGAUCCGUUACAACGUUUUCGGGAUCUCGAUGACGAUGGCGUGUCGGCGAAGAAUGAUGAAUCGGUUAAAGUGGGCAAUAUUGCGGCACCCGGGACAUCGGCACGUGGUGGACGAGGAUCGCGAGGUGGACGUGGUUCACGCGGUGGACGAGGAUCCCGUGCUGGGAGUAAAGCUGCAGCUACUAGUGACAGCGCCAGCCGGUCCCAAUCGCAAACUUCGAUUAGUGCCAUGUUUAGCCAACAAUCUUCCAACAGCAACAGUAUAGGUAGUGUGGCCUUAAGGACAUCAUCUAGGAAAACGACAACACAGAAGGCACGUCAAAUGGAUUUCGAUUCCGAUGACGAUUGAAUGAUGUAUUACGGAACUAAGAGGAAACAUGCUUGAAAACUGGACAUUCUGCCAUUCAUUCCCUUAAGUUUAGAGUUUGUUUUGUUGUUUUUGAUUCUACGCUACAAAUUUCCAUCUAAUAUGGUAAUUUUAAUCAUUUCAUAUGUUAACUUUAGGUUAUUUUCUUUCCAACAACGAAUUAACGGGUAACGAAUUGAAUUCGUAUCCUGAGAUAUUCGUCGCUCUUAGGUCCAAACAGCCUUUGUCGCUUGUUUAAUCCUUGAUGUGGCGGAUGUUCUCCUUCCUACUGAUUUGCUGAGAAAUCUUGUUUACUACUAUUUCCUGUCCAAUUAUUUGUAUCUCAGUUUAAACGCGUUUCUCCUCUGUAUUCUUUAGUCUAGGGUACGCUUUAGGCUUAGAUUUAACGUACAUUUAAGUACACAUUGUAUAGUUGUUGAGGCAAAUGAUGAAUAAACGUAAGAAGAAGAGAAGUAACGAUUAUGAUACAGAUUAUAAAGCAGAUAGAGAAUUAGCUUAAAUGGUUUUACACUGCCAUGAGCUUCAAUUCCCGCUAUUUCGAUUACUCCUUUCAUUACAGUAAAGUAAUCACUUCAUACCAAUGAUGUCACCAUUGAGUGACUCCCUCUGUGGCCGAUCCAUAACCUCAACCAAUGGGUGUAAAUUUUCGUGGUACGUGUGGUGCACGCUAUACCUCCCAAAGGAAGGUGUCUGCAAAGCGCGUGUGUACCAACACCGAUUGGGGAUGUCCAUGCGAAUCUUUUAUAAACGCUUGUAACGUCCAUAACCAUAAUCGUAACGAUAAAUGGGCUGUGUAUGCCUAUCGGAAAACGUCUGCAUAUUUUUUUUCUCAUUCUAAAGUGCACACGCAUAGAGUGGCCUCCAAUUGACGGGAGUUAAAAACGGGAACGAGAACUUGAUGAUUAUGAUUACCACUAAUAUGAAUAUGAAUCGAAUGGAAGGAUAAUCCACGUUAUAUACACUGUCACGUGUUCCCGUUCCACAGACUCGAAACACUAACGGGGCCGAUGUGUCACAUUCUUUACGCUGCAGUGGAUGCGAGCGGAUGAAGAUACUUUAAACAAAUGGCCAAAUUUGCACUUCAUAAAAUCGAAUGAAGGUGUACAAUGGGGAGGAGAAAAGCAGUUCCUCAAACUCAAUAGA